UUUGUCAUUGUCAAUGUAUCAAAAAUCAAAAUAAACAAAUACAAAUAUUCAAACCCAGAUAAAAUAUCUGAAAUAUCUAUCUCAGAUUGUUCAAUUUGAUUUGGGCUUUCAUUUUUGAAAUGUGUAUAUCUCGGAAAAUGAAAAACCGAUAACAAUGAACUAGGUUGCUGAUUUCCUUUCAACAUUCCUCAUAUACCCAAGAAACCUAGAAAAUUUCGUGUGAUGAACAGUUUAGGUUUGAUUAUUUCAAUUAUUCUGUUAUUACUGGUGAUAUUAGCUGCAGUAUUGGUAUUUUUAUUGAUUCCCAUUAUCCUUUCACGAUCGCCCUAUUUACUACGUAAAACAUUAUUCACAACUGGAGGUGCGGCUACUAAUAAAUUAUAUUAUGAUCGAAAUACUAAACCAGGAGUUCGUAACUUUUAUAUAACAUUUCAAGAUGAAACAGGAAAAGAUAUUAACAUAGGCGCUUACCAUUUUCUACCCAAAGAAUAUAUUCUCAAUCAAACAGAAGAUAUACCUCCUUCAGAAUAUGAGAGACUCUUGAAUAAUAGUCCUUACAAUGUGUUACUUCUAUUUCACGGUAGGGGACAGAGUAGAGCUUCAUUUGGAAAUAAAUAUGAAAUGCUCAGUUCAAUAUUUCAUGUUAUUGUAUUUGAUUAUAGAUGUUUUGGGGAUUCUUCAAAAGCCAUUUUGUCUGAGUAUGGCUUGGUGAGAGACUGUGUUCAUAUAUUCAAGUGGUUGAGAAACAGAACGUCUUCUUCUAUUUAUGUAUGGGGUCAAUCUUUAGGGUCUGCUUUAUGCAUAGAAACUGUAUAUAUGUUGAAUAAAGAGAAUAUUAUACCUAAAGGUAUGAUAUUAGAAGCCAGUUUUACAACCUUGAGGGAAGCAGUUCUGGAUUCUCCUGUAGGAAGAAUAUUCUCUUGGGUUCCUUGGUUCUCAUCAUUACUGGAUGGUUAUGAAAGUAAUGGUUUUGUUUUCAAAUCUUCUAUUCAUUUAACAGAGAUUCGCUGUCCUGUUAUGAUAAUGCAUGCUGUUGACGAUGAAGUGAUACCCUUCAAUCAGGGAAUGAAGCUCUACGAAGUUGUCAUACGAAGACCUAUAAAGAUCAACAUUGCCAAAUUUUUACCUAUAGCUGCCAGUUAUAGAUGUGGUCAUGAUUUCAUCUAUAAAUUUCCCAAUUUCACUAGUCAAAUAAUGGAUUUUAUGACCAUCUGUGACUCGGAGUUCAACAUGACUGAAGGAAUUUGAGGCAGUUCUCAUCUCAAGAUAGUUAUUUAUUCCAUAUGGGAACUACUCAAAUUAUUGAGAAUCUACAUUUUGUAAGAUUUAGUGCUGUGAUAAAUAAGUAUUUAUAUGGAAAAUAAUAAAACAUGUUGAAUUAA